CAUCCCUCCCCCCUUUGGGCUGGAGGCUCCGGUUUAUCUGGAAUCAGCAGCAAAAGGCACUCAGGAUCGCUGCGUCCGUGUGGAGAAAGCGUGUUAAUAGGAACUGGUGGAUCCACUCGUCUUCUUCCAGCUGAGGGAACGGACGAGACGCCAUGGCCAUGUUCUCAGCUCUGGGGUUUCUUUUGCUCUGCCAGCUUUUGGUAUCAUCCCUCGCUCAGUCACCUAGAUCUCGUGGGCCACCUGGACCUCCAGGACCUCCAGGAAAGCCAGGGAAUGAUGGCAUUGAUGGAAAGCGAGGACCAGCCGGACUUCCUGGAAAGAUUGGACCUAAAGGUAAAGCUGGAUUUCCAGGAAAAGCAGGAAAACCUGGAAUGCCUGGACUUCCUGGAAUAGAUGGUUUGCCAGGUCCUGAUGGGCCUCAGGGGAAGGACGGACCUCCGGGAGCAAGGGGUGAUCCAGGACCUCCCGGACCAUCUGGCCCUCCUGGUAGAGGGAGACCUGGAGCUCCUGGGCUUUCUGGAGCCAAUGGAUUGCCUGGUGGGGUUGGACCUCAGGGACCCUCAGGACCAGAAGGUCUUCCAGGACCUCCAGGUCCUGCAGGUGCAGACGGGCCACCUGGACUACCUGGAGCACUCCCUGAGGGAAAUGGAGAAGUACUGUGCCCCGCUAUUUGUCCACCGGGACCCCCAGGGCCUCCUGGAAUGCCUGGUUUCAAGGGACACACAGGGCACAAAGGAGACAAAGGAGAACUAGGGAAAAAUGGUGAGAAGGGUGAGCGAGGCCCACCCGGGCCCCCUGGUACCCCAGGGACUGUUGGUCUACAGGGGCCCCGAGGUCUGAGAGGACUCCCAGGUCCUGUGGGAGCAGUAGGAGACAGAGGUUUUCCAGGUUUCCGGGGCAAGGCUGGUAUUCUUGGUGUUCAGGGAAAAACAGGUGACGCCGGAGAGAAAGGACCCGUGGGCUUUAAAGGACCUAAAGGAGAAAUCGGAAAAAUAGGUCCUAAAGGGCUGCCUGGACCUCCAGGCCCUAAAGGAGAACCUGGCAUGCAAGGCAGAGAUGGCAAAGAUGGCACUCAGGGAUUAGAUGGUGAAAAAGGAGACGCCGGCCGGCCUGGAGUUUCUGGAGAGAAAGGGCCUAACGGUUUACCUGGUUUGCAAGGAAAACCUGGAGCAAAAGGUUCCAAAGGAGUUGUUGGUGAUCAAGGAAAGAUGGGAGAAGCAGGACCAGCCGGAGAGCCAGGUAUUCCUGGUGAGAUUGGCAUCCCAGGAGAAAGAGGUGAAGCCGGACCAAGAGGCAUUACUGGAGUCAUCGGCCUAAUUGGAAACCCAGGACCUCAGGGAAUCAAAGGAUUCCAGGGAAUUAAAGGUGCUGUUGGAGAUCCCGGCCUUCCAGGUCCAACCGGACUCCGAGGAGACUUUGGAGAGCGGGGACCAACAGGAGCUGCAGGACCUAAAGGUGAUAUUGGAAUGGCUGGAAGUGAUGGCUUGCCUGGAGAAAACGGAGAAACAGGUCCGUUCGGGCCUCCUGGCCAAAAAGGAGAGGCGGGGAAGCAUGGCGAGCUGGGUCCUAAAGGAGUAACAGGUCCACAGGGAGAGACCGGACCAAGAGGACUACCUGGAAAACCUGGUUUGAUGGGCUUCCAUGGAGAACCAGGACCUCCUGGCGUCGCCGGAAAGUCUGGCGUUCCUGGAAAACUGGCAAGCGAACAACAUAUCAGAGAACUCUGUGCCUCAAUGAUCGACGACCAGAUUGCCCAGCUGGCUGCUCACCUGAGGAGGCCGUUAUCUCCGGGAGCCGUAGGCCGACCCGGUCCGGCCGGACCUCCAGGAACACAAGGAGAACCAGGAGCGAUGGGACUUCCUGGAGUUCGUGGUCCCCCAGGAUACAGAGGACUUCCUGGAGAUCUUGGAGAUCCUGGUCCCAGAGGUGAUGUCGGUGAACAGGGUGAUAAGGGACCUGUUGGUAAAGCCAUUGAUGGACCAGUUGGAGACCAAGGAGAACCAGGUCUUCGGGGCGUACAUGGCAUCGUUAAAGACGGUCGUGACGGAGCACCUGGAGACGCAGGUGAGCCUGGAGAACAGGGCAGGGCGGGAAGGAUAGGGCAUCAAGGACCCCCUGGAAUCUGCGACACGACAGCCUGCCAGGGUGCUGCACCUCACGGGAAAUCAUCCAACCCUAAAAACCAUUAAAAGCCGACACCUUCGUCUUUUAAAGAGACACACCUGCACCCCAAGGAACGAAGAACAAGCAAGAUAUUUUUACAAAUGGUUUUUGGGGAAGGGGCGAGGAAUAAAAAAAAAAUUAAAUGACGGAUCAUCUUUGGAGCAUUUUUAAAGAACUGCAAAUGUUGAAUAGGAUGAAGAGGAACGAGUGAGAUGAGAGACUUCAAGCCGAGACUUGAUCGAUAAUGAAACCUAAAGCGCAAAGAGCCUGAAGUACCGAUUGUUGUAGAUGUGUUUAAACCAAAAAAAAAAAGGAAAAAUCCAAAAUUACUGAAAUGGUGAAAACCGGUCAGAUGUGUACAUGUGUGCAUUUUACAACAAAAAAAAAAGUCACUACUUUCCUUAGUUGUCUGUUAGCAUAAAAUAUCUAUGUACAGAAUCCUGUUGAAAAACUGUUAUUGGAAAAGAAAUGCAAAAGUGACGAGCUCUGUGCACCGUGGUUCUUUUGGACUGGAAAGAACAAAUGUAUCCUCAAAAUCUGAGCGAGACGUCAGCUCUGAUACCCGAACAUCACUCAUCAGACUCACUGAUGUGUGUUGGGUCAUUUUGUAUAUUACUUCAUAGUACUUUCCAGAUUUUCAGUAUGUUUUUUAAGUCAAUUAUCAUUGUUUGUAUUGUUCCAGCUAAUUUUUUUUUCAAUUAAAAAAAAAAAACAUAUGCUUGAAAAAACAAUUCCCAAAAUCUUUGACAUAAAAUAAAAACCCUGAAAGCAUCAAUCUAGAUGCUUGAUGAGCUGUUACUCUACAAUAAACUCUACUAGAGUUUUCUCUGAAAUGUUUCAACACAUCCCCACUAUGUACUGGUGCUGUAAACUAUUAAAUAUCCCUGACCUUAAUACUAUUUAUUUUGUGUGGGCGACUCUUGUAUGUACAGUGAAACUCUACGGCACCGUGUUGUAAGAAAUAAAUAAUAAAUAAAGCCA